CCCAAUGGAUUUAAACCGUGCGGGUCACCCUUGUAAUUGUUCAACUCCACAAGCACUUGGCGUGGUUAAUGCAGGUCUGGCUGCGUUCAUAGGUGAUGGGAUCAGAGAGCGAUAAAGUAUUGGCGACGAUUAGAUAGGAGAAAAAUAGAUCGCCUGUAAUGAAUCCAAUGGUGUGUGAGUCUUGCAUUAGAAAAGCAAACAGUCCGACUCUUUAACCUUAUUUUGGAGCAUAUCAUUGAGAAAGGACAGCCCAGCCCCUUCUCAACUGAUGCCCAAUAAGAGAGAGACAGUCUGACACCUGCUUAUAUACAAAGCCCCAGCGCAGGGCAACAAGUCAGAAUCUCUGAUCGGCAAUAGUAGAGAAAAAAAAAAAUCGACAUCCCGACUGCCUCCGACAAAUCGAUAAGAUGACUUCCAGCGAGAUCGAGUUUCCCAGUGAGGUGAAGGCAGAUCCGGCCGCUCUCAUCGCUUCUCUCCAACUUCUGCCGUCGCCAACGCCAAACCUAGAAAUCCAACACACUAAGCUUUUUAUUAACAAUGAAUGGCAUCAUUCGCUGAGUGGGAAGACUUUCUCAACCUACAAUCCUUCCACGGGAGAAAAAAUCUGUGAUGUUCAAGAAGCUGACAAAGCUGAUGUGGACAAGGCGGUUCAGGCUGCACGGCUUGCCUUCUCCCCGGGCUCCGUGUGGAGAAGGAUGGAUGCAUCGGAGAGGGGUCGGCUAAUCGACAAACUGGCAGAUCUAGUGGAACGGGACCGACCACAGCUUGCUACACUUGAAUCUCUAGAUAGUGGAAAGCCAUUUCUCCAGGCUUAUUAUGUUGACCUACAGGGAGUCAUAAAAACUCUCAGAUACUUUGCUGGUUGGACUGACAAGAUUCAUGGCAAGACAAUUCCAGUCGAUGGAGAUUAUUUCACAUUUACAAGACAUGAGCCAAUAGGGGUGUGUGGACAGAUCAUCCCUUGGAACUUUCCCCUACUCAUGUUUGCAUGGAAGAUAGUUCCAGCCUUGUGCUGUGGAAACACAGUAAUCAUCAAACCAGCAGAGCAAACACCCUUGACUGCCCUCUAUAUGGGAGCCCUCAUCAAAGAGGUUGGGUUUCCUCCAGGCGUGGUCAAUAUUGUGCCUGGCUUUGGCCUGACGGCUGGUGCAGCAAUAGCCUCUCACAUGGAUAUUGACAAAAUUGCAUUCACUGGAUCAAAUGAGGUUGGAAAAUUAAUCCAGGAAGCAGCUGGGAAGAGUAAUCUGAAGAGAGUAACACUGGAGCUGGGAGGAAAGAGCCCGAAUAUUAUUUUUGCAGAUGCCGAUUUGGAUUAUGCUGUGGAACAGGCUCAUCAGGGAGUAUUCUUUAACCAAGGCCAGUGCUGCACAGCAGGAUCACGGAUCUAUGUAGAGGAGCCAAUCUAUGAUGAGUUUGUCAGAAAGAGUACAGAACGUGCACAGCGGAGAACAGUAGGAAACCCUUUUGAUCCUGCCACUGAGCAGGGCCCACAAAUUGACAAGCUGCAAUGUGAUAAAGUCCUUGAACUUGUACUAAGUGGCAUAGCUGAAGGAGCAAAGCUUGAAUGUGGCGGCAAAUCACUGGGGAAGAAAGGAUUCUUCAUUGAACCCACUGUAUUUUCAAAUGUCACAGAUGACAUGCGGAUAGCAAAGGAAGAGAUUUUUGGCCCAGUUCAACCAAUUAUUAAGUUUAAAACUAUGGAAGAGGUAGUGGAAAGGGCCAAUAAUUCUCAGUUUGGCCUGGUAGCUGCAGUCUUCACCAAGGAUAUCGAUAAAGCAUUAACAGUUUCUGCUGCUAUGCAGGCUGGGACAGUCUGGAUUAAUUGUUACAAUGCCUUAAAUGUCCAAAGUCCCUUUGGUGGAUUUAAAAUGUCUGGCAAUGGUAGAGAAAUGGGAGAAUACGGGCUAAAGGAAUACACAGAAAUCAAAACUGUGACCGUCAGAAUUCAGCAGAAGAAUUCUUAGAGUGCUGUGAGGCUGAUGCUUUGUAUAUGGACCCAGUGAAUUCGCUCUGUUAUCAACAGGACAAACAUGCACAACAAUGGUUGUGCAGCAUACGGUUGAAGCUUUAUAUUAUAAAAAGUAACAAAAAAUAUACUAGUGAAUGUAUAUGUACCACAAAUACUGUGUAUUUGAGGAAAAUACAAUAAUCUCAGCAAA